AUGAGUGAAGAAGAAGCUGAUGAUACUCCUAUAUUAGAUAUCAAACCUGCUUAAACAAAAGAAGAAAAUUAUCCUGCCUGGAUGAGAGAACUUUUAACUAAAGAAAAAAAGUUCAAUGAUAUGUUAGAGUGUGUUAAAACAGAAAUAUAAUAAGUUGAUAAAGGAUUGAGAGAAUUAGAUGAAAAAAAAAAAACAUUUAAAUAAGUAUAACGUGAUUAUAAACCAUUAAAAAUUUAAAAAUAGCCUGAAAUUUAAGGAGAUUAUCAUUAAUAUUACUCAUAAUUAAAAUUUGAGAGAAAUAAUAAACUUAGUAUUUCUCUUAUUCAUCCUCCUGUUGCUUUAUAAAUUUUACUCUUUCUUUAAGAUCCUAUUAAAAUGUGUUUAGUAUAUUAAAGAGUAUGUUAGAAAUGGAACUAAGUAUUUAAUUCAAUUUUUGUAUGGAUGAAUUUAAUUAGUCAUACAUUUGGAGAAAAUAUUUAAAAGUAAAUAGCUUCAGAAAAUUAUAAAAUUUUUGGUGUUUCAGUCUAUAAAUUAUUAAUAACUUCAUUAAAAUUCAUAAAAUAAAAUUCUCAAACAUUUAAUCUAACAAAAGAUCAAGUAAAAUUAUGCUAAAAUGGUCUUCAAUUAAUUCAAAAAUUAUUAUGCAUUCCAGGAGAUUGUUAUAUAAAAACUAAAUUGAUAUAAGAAUUAUAAAGUUUGGAAUUGAAAUCAUCAUUAGAUUCUCUUUUAGAAACUCAUAAUCAUAUUGUAAAAUAAGAAGCAGUUAAUUUAAAGGUAACUCUAUAAGGCAUAAGCAAUUAUGCUUAUAAAACUUUAGCUGGUAUUGAUAAUUUAAUGAAACUUAAAUAUCGUUUAAAUGAUAAAGAAAAUGAUAUUAUUUUACCUUCCAAAUAUUAUUACGAUCUAAAAACUGAAGAUGGAAAUAUUUCAGUUAAUCUUAGUAAUCCUGAAGAUGAUUAUAAAAAAGUAAAUUUAUUAUCAAAAUUUAAAAUAGUUAAAGAACUUGAAAGAGUUUAAUAAAUUUGUUAUUGCUAAAAUGAAUGGUUUGCCUUUAUAUAUGAAUUUAAAUUAUAAAAAAAAUGAAAUUUUUGGUAAUGGAGAAGAUGAAAAUAGAAAUUUAAUAGUCUUUCAAGCCCAAAUAAGAUUUGAUGUGCAAAAUAUGAAUAAAUAAAUGAUAAAUGGAAUAGAAUAUUAUGGAGAAGGUGAAUUAAUAAUUGAAACCAAAUAAGAAAAAAAUCAUUAUGACAUUUUUAUAAUACAAGAUUUGAAAUAGAAAUUUUAUAUAAUUGGAUCAUCUGCUUCUGAAACUAUUUUAUUUGAGUUCUUAUGA